AUGGGGACACAAGGCUGCGGCAGGAAGCGUGCCCCCAUCAAAGAUCGGUUCUCUGCAGAAGAUGAAGCUCUGAGUAGUAUUGCAAGAGAGGCGGAGGCACGGCUGGCGGCGAAGAGGGCAGCUCGGGCCGAGGCCAGAGACAUCAGGAUGAGAGAGCUGGAAAGGCAACAGAAAGAGCUCGCGUCCCACCGCCACUCCAGCAGCAGUAACAGAAAAUGGGGUCAGAUCCACCAGUGGAUGGCUGAUUCUGAAAAGGCCCGGACCUCUAGUGUCAGCAGGUCCAGCAGUCGCAGUCAUCACCGGGGCAAAGACGAUGACGUCACGUCGGUGCGCAGCUACAGGUCCACCUCCUCGGCCCUACAGAACCUGGGCUCCACUUACUCCUCCUCCCGUAGAAAAGACCUGCUGUCUGACAGUCUUUCCACCACCAGCUCUGCCCUCAAGAGCUCCCGGUCCACUAGUUCUGUGUACAAUGACCUCCAUGGCCAUAGAAAGUCUUCCUCCACUACUUCCUCCAGGAAAGAUUUAUUGACUGGACUAUACCACGAUCAAAGGAACUACUCCACUUUAACGAAGACCAAACCGGCCUCCUCCGUCUCGUCCUAUCAGCCGCGGGCGACCACCAUCACCAGCACCACACCCAUCUCCUCUGCCGCCUCCACUGCUGGCACUUCUCUGUCCCGCAGCCAGAGCAUGGCCUCUCUUUAUGAUGACAACGCUGCUCUGUACGGCCUGGACAACAGUUCACGAGCUCCCUCUGAAUACAGCUGGUACUCCUCUGGGGCCAGUUCCACUCGCAGCAGCCCUGUGUCUUCUGACGACGACACAGUGAGCAGCGUCUCCCAGGAUCUCUGCCGCCGCGGACGCAGGGACAGUGUGUCGUCCGAUUUCUCCGACAUUAGUGAAUCCGCCGCAGAUUAUUUCAGCCGCUCCAACCGCAGGGGCAGCAUCGUCUCCGACAUCGACGAUUUGGCCGAUUUGGAUUCUCUGGAUGAAAAAUGUGACAAGCAGUAUUCAGAUUACAGCCGGCCCUCGUCCCGCUGUGCCACCCCUGGGCUCUCAGCUGCUACUCUAGCCUCCUUGGGGGGCACCUCGUCCAGACGCGGCAGCACCGACACGGGCAGCAUCUACGACCCUGACACCAGUCUGAGCGAGAUGAGGGAUAUCUAUGAACUAAAGGACCAGAUUCAGGAUGUAGAAGGGCGGUACAUGCAGGGGCUAAAAGAGCUGAAGGAGUCGUUGACAGAGGUGGAGGAGAAGUAUAAGAAAGCCAUGGUGUCGAACGCACAGCUGGACAACGACAAAGGCAACCUCAUCUACCAAACGGACACGCUCAAGGACGUCAUCGAGGAAAUGGAAGAGCAGAUGGCCGAGAUGAAGAGAGAGCUGGAAGACAAGUCAAAGGAAUUAGAAAGGCAGAAGCACCAGUGCGCAGUUCUGCAGCACAAACAGGAAGAGCUGAAAGACGGGCUGCGUCAGCGGGAUGAGCUUAUAGAGGAGAACCAGCAAAUGCAGACUAAGUUAGACACCCUGACCCGCGAGGUGUUUGACCUCCAGGAAACGAUAAACUGGAAGGACAAAAAGAUCGGGGCCCUAGAGAGACAGAAAGAGUACUUUGAUUGCAUUAGGAAUGAGAGGGAUGAGUUGAGAGAUGAGCUGGCUGACAUCAAGGGGACGGCCAAAGCAGGAGAGAAACACGGCCUGGUGAUCAUCCCAGACGGAACUCCGAACGGGGACGUGAACCACGAGCCGGUGUCUGGGAUCACGGUGGUGUCACAGGAGGCGGCGCAGGUGCUGGAGUCUGCGGGAGAAGGACCCCUGGACGUGAGGCUACGGAAGCUGGCGGACGAGAAGGACGAACUGUUGGCUCAGAUCCGGAAACUGAAAAACCAACUGGAAGAAGAGAAACAGAAACACAACAAGAGCGACGUGUUCACAGAAGGAGAGCAGCUGGAGAACGGCACCGACCUGCACUACAUCGAGAUGCAGAGAGAUGCAAACCGACAGAUUAGUGAAUAUAAAUUUAAGAUUUCGAAAGCAGAACAAGAAAUGGGUACGAUGGAGCAAAAUAUAAACAGACUUGAAGGGCAGGUGGCCAGGUACAAGGCUUCGGCCGACAACGCAGAGAAAAUAGAAGACGAGCUUAAAGCAGAGAAACGGAAACUACAACGAGAGCUCCGCACGUCUCUGGACAAAAUCGAGGAGAUGGAGAUGACAAACAACCACCUCGUCAAACGCCUGGAGAAGAUGAAGGCCAACAGGAACGCGCUGCUGUCCCAACAAUGA